GACCUACUUGAUCGGCGAAGUUGUGGGGACUGUGAAUGGUGGUAUUUUGUUUUGUUUGUGUAUCUGAUAGUCGAUUUUUAUCACGAUCGGCAAGGACUGUGAGAGGAAACGCUGUCUGAAGAUCGCUUGGUGCGAUGAGGGUCGAAAUUUCCCUGCUACUAUGUGUUAUUCUGGACGUUGUUGUUGUAUCGGGCCGACGAGUUUUGGACGACUAUGUUCGUCAUUACGAACCCCUUCAUUAUGACCGGGACGAUAUGCAUGGCAAGCACCUGCGAGCCAAACGGUCCUCUGACCAAACACUGCACCUGGAAUUUAAAGCAUUGGGAAAAAAAUUCAAACUUCGUCUGCAGCCAGACAGGACAUUAUUUACGUCUGAUCAUGUGAUGGAGUUUAACGGAAAGGCGACCCCAGUGGACACAUCAUUUAUAUACUCAGGGUAUUUAGCCGAUGAACCCAAAAGUUGGGUCCAUGGAGCUGUGAUAAAUGGAACAUUCCGCGGAACUAUUUUUUCACCCGAAACCAGCACUUACCACAUAGAACCUUCCGACCGGUAUUUUCCCCGGGGUCAACGAUUUCCAUCAGUGAUCUACUCGGAGGAGCAUUUAAUACUGGAGCCUUACAGACAUCGGCGUUCAGCUGAGGGUGAGAGUCACGCACGAUGUGGUCUGGACCAUGCCAAUGACUGGAUGGAUAAAAUUGCUAAUUCUGCCGUCAACGAUAACAGACAAAGGCGAUAUGCACCUGUAAAUGAACGAGCAGAAACCGAGGCUCCUGCAGACAAAUAUUUGUGGGGAAAUAAUCGGGAGAAGCGAGCCACGUCAACAGGAAAAAUUGGAGAUCCGCUGAAAAACACCUGUACCCUAUUUCUGAGGUCUGACCCAAUGUUGAUGAACUACAUGACUGGUACAUUGAAAUAUGAUACAGAGCAGGCUAAAGAUGAAAUCCUUAGCCUAUUUGCAAGCCAUGUGGAUGCGAUCAAGCGGAUCUACAUGGAUACAAAGUUUGAGACAUAUCCGGGAGAUCCGGGAUAUAUGUACUAUCAGGGGGUGACCUUCAGCCUUCAGAGAACUGCUGUCAUGACUAGUGAAUCUGAGAAAUGUGGAACAGCUUCUAAGACAUCUUUCUGCGAGCCAAACAUCGAUGUCAGUAAUUUCCUCAACCUGAACUCGCAGAGUAACCAUGAUGAUUACUGCCUGGCCUACGUGUUCACAUACCGAGACUUCUCUCAGGGAACUCUGGGAUUGGCCUGGGUUGGAUCACCUAGCAACGCUAAAGGCGGCAUCUGUGAGAGAUAUGCCAAAUAUGAUGAGGGCAAGAAUGAAGUGUGGAAAAGUUUGAACACCGGAGUUAUCACCCUUAUCAACUACGGCAAGCCAGUUCCGCCCAAAGUCUCACAACUCACAUUUGCUCAUGAAGUCGGACACAACUUCGGCUCACCGCACGACAAAGGAGACUUGUGCACACCAUAUGGUAAAGGCUUACCAGGGUCCAACGACGGCAACUACAUCAUGUUCUCCAGUGCAACAUCCGGAGACCGUCUUCACAACAGCGAGUUCUCCCCCUGCAGUAAAGACAACAUAACCCGUGUGAUGAAUGCUGUGUUCAAGGGACUGAACAAGAAAUACAACUGCUUUACAAAGUCUGGUGAGGCUUUCUGUGGUAACGGUAUAGUGGAAAAAGGAGAAGAGUGUGACUGUGGCUAUGAGGACGACUGUCCAGUGACUAAAGAUCCCUGUUGUUACCCCAAAGGCUCCGGACCAGACAAAGAGUGCAAGCUCAAAAAUGACACCCAAGGUUCCAUACAGUGCAGCCCCUCUCAGGGCCCCUGCUGUAACAAGCAGUGCACAUUCAUCCCAGCAUCGCAGAAUCUCAUGUGUAAGGCCAAGAUAGAGUGUGCUGAAGCUUCCUCCUGCAAUGGGUUGUCAGCCAGUUGUCCUCCACCUGUCACCACAGCAGACCUGGAAUUCUGUCUGGAUAAAACACAAGUCUGCAUGGGCGGGGUGUGUCAGGGGUCGGUGUGUAAGCGUAUCAAAUGGGAAGAGUGUUUCAUUUCCUCCUCUACAGACGAUGUCAACUAUCGAGAAAAACAGUGCUACUUGGCCUGCUACGACAAUGCCACACGUCAGUGUGUCAGUUCCAACGCCCCUGAGGUCAAGGAUUCAGUGGCGCUUAAGGAUUUCCGAGAACUUCUCAUGAACAUCAGUGCUGAGAACAAAGUAGAGGCCAUCAAGCUACCAGCAGGGUCUCCGUGCAAUAACUUUGAGGGUUAUUGCGACGUGUUCCACAAAUGCCGGGGGGUGGACGCUGAAGGCCCUCUGGCUAGGCUGAAGAAUCUUAUCUUCAACCCACAGACCCUGCAGACUGUGAGAGAUUGGAUUGAGGUUCAUUGGUGGGCUGUACUACUCAUGUGUAUAGGGCUGGUCAUCUUCAUGGCUCUCUUUAUCAAAUUCUGUGCCGUUCAUACACCCAGUUCUAACCCCAACAAACCUCCAGCCCGUAAACUCACCCAGACUCUUAACACACUGCGUCGGCACCGUCGUCCACAGCAACCCUAUCAGCCAACAAGAUCAGCCGGUCCUCCACCCCCGUAUGAAUACCCUGGGCACCCGGCUGGCGGGCCCCCUCAUGGACGAGGACAACGACAGGCGCAAGGCGGAAAACCCACACGUGCAAAAGGUCAAAGAGGUCAAGAUAUGGAAAUGGCCGCCAAAAUUUGAUGACACCUUCAAUGGCAGACCAAACCAAAACCAUAUAUAUAUAUAUUUUUUUUUUUUUUGUUGUCUUCAUGAAUUGUCUCAAUUGCGCAAAGCCAUAAUUAUUCAUUAAUUCAAAUGUCUCAAAUGAUCCUUCUCUUCUCUGCUCACCAACCGAAGCUUCCAUUGUCUCAAUUAAUUCCCCUCCCCAACCCUCCAACCCCCUAACCCAUAUCAUUUAUUUUUUCAAUGAUCUCUCAUUUCUUCAGUGAUUUCAGUAAUGAUACUGCUGAUUUCUAUAACAACACAGUUGCUGAAAAGAUAUUCUGGUAUUAUUAGUGUCGUAGAUAAAGGGCGCUCGUCUUUUGUAAAUUCGUAAGAUUUGUAUCACUUUAUAGAGGGCUGGGAAAUCCCACUGAAAGAAAAACUUUUUCCAAACCACGUUGUUGGAGACAGAUAUGAUUAGCCUCCCGUAAUGACUGUCAUGUUCUCAUGGUUGAGCACAUCCCCAGAAGCUGACCUGUACAAUGUGUUUUAAUCUUAAUUUUCUCAAAGUUAACAGGACCUUUAUUCUUAAUGGUGAUUUCAAUUUUUGCAUCUCUGUGAAAUUUUUUAGUACCCUAAUUCUUCAACCAUUUUUGCACACAUGCAUGAAAGAACAACUUUCACCUCUGUUUUUUUGUACAUUUUUAAUCUGAAUUUGGAGACAAAACUAUAUUAGUUGGAUUGGCCAAUUUCAGGGCUUCGCUAAAAGUAUGAUUUUAUCAGCAUGCGCAGAUUCGUAAUAUGCUUGAAUAAACACCUUGCAAAGAUGCGAAGAAUUAUGGCAUCCUUUAUAUGUAGAAAAACACAUCAAUGGCUCAUCUGGGUGUGAGGGCCACAAAGGUCAAGGUCAUGUACAAGUACGAAGUGCAUUUUAACCAUUUAUUUUGAUACGCUGCAUACCAGGAUUGGUUUUUUGGAAACUCAUCUCCAAAGUGAAAAGAUGAUUUACAGGAGGUUGUGGUGCAUUAGUGGGUGUCUGGAAUGACCAAGAUGUAAAUGUUUUCUUUGUCCUUUCUUUUCAUCGGUAUAUAUAUGAUAUAAUAGAUACUAGCCCCAGUUUAGCAUUUUUUGGGGUUGAAAGGGGUAGGGGGUUGUGUUGGUUGGGGAAGAGAUAAGAAUUGGGAAUAGGUGAGUCGGGUAUUGGAAGGGUAAUACAAUAUCUUGGACUCAUUUUUGUAAUUUAGCUUUAUGUCCCUGAUAUGGGCUGUUAUCCUGUUGUUACCGGUCAAGAGGACAAUGUUCCACACAGGUCUGUCUGAUAGUGACUUACCUCCCCUUACACCAAGUGUUCCCCCGAGUGUUCAUUAAGCUUAUGUUUUUUAGCGAUAUACAGGUGGAAGGAUGUCUGAAUGUAAAUAGUAUUAUAAAGGUUUAUACAUAUGUUUAAUUGAUCAUCUCUGUGUGUUUACCUGUACUUUUUAGGGUUUUUACUACUUUUUUUUUUGAUCGAAACAGCAUUUUUUUUAUAUUGAUUCAUGACCAAAGUUGGAUAUAUGGUGACAUUAAAUUAUACACGGUUUAGCAUAUAUACAGCUUAACAUAUGUACACUGAAAUACCAAAUAUAUAAAUAAAUAAGAUAUUGUAAGUACAAGUAUGUCUAACCUGAAAGGCGAGAUACAAGUCUAUACCUGUACACCUAGUCUCCCAUAUAGGGAUCACCUCAAAAUUACGAAAGGUUGAGGGCUCUAUCCUGCCUUGCAAAGGGAAUUUGUGGAAUCCCCCUGCUCUCGCUCUUCGAGGAGCAUUUCUCACAGUAAGUAUGGAAGGAACUCGUGUGGCCAAUAGGCCAGUUUUAAUACAUCCGUUGAAAACUAAUUAUCUUGCACCAGUAUGGCGGCAGAAGCCUGACUACAGGGUGUGGUAUACCUGCGGGCUCACCAAAUUGAGAACUACCCUCAUUAUAUAUGUGAAAAAUUCCAAACAACAAUGAAAUAAAUGUGUAACGGCAGCGAGCAGCCUUGUAAUAGCUCUGUAUUCAUCACUUUGUGGUAUAUCAGGAUAUUAAACAUUGAUUUGAUCGUUUCAUAAACCUUGUGGUGUGCUGUAAGAUACUUGGUACCGUGCUGUUUUCUCCACGUUGGUAUUUCAUGAUUUCAUGAUGGUAAUUUCAUUUGGUUGCUUUUAAGCUGUGUUUGGUAGAGUAAUAAUAUUCCUUCGUGUAACAUGACACGAAUCGUCGCCAACUGUUGCCAGACAGAAAACCUUGGUGGAGAAAUUCACCACAUUUUGAAUUUGACCACAGUAUUCAUUUCUUAAACCCUUCCAGCAUGUUUACCCAUUUAUAGUAUUAUAAUGUUGUAAUACAUAUAGUUUAAUAUGGUUGCAUGCAAUCUUCAACUUCACGCCCAGAAAGUGAAAGCUUAAAUAUGAAAGUGAAAGUUUUGAAACUGAAAAGUGACAACUUUAAGAUUGAAAAGGAAGGCUUUAUCGUAAAGAGGGUUAAUGUGAAAGUAUUAAAAUGAAAAUGAAAAAUCUUAUAUUGAAGGUAACCUCAUGGAAGCUAGAAUACUGGCUUUCUGUCCUGUCGUUCGUAGAUCUAACAUCAACUGGCGCUUGCUCGUGAGGGGCUCUGCGAGGUUUCAUCCCACCAUAAUGUUGACCGCUGUCAUAUAUGUGAAUUAUUCUUAAAUAUGACGUAAAACACCAAUCAGAUAAAUAAAUAAAUUUAAUCUCCAGGUCUUCCUUAUGGUGAUGAGAAAUGCACCCGCAUGCGUGUGGAACUAUUGGCGUGUUUGUUUUUUAAUGUACAGUGUCGGUUUCUGGUAAAACUGUUGGCAGAAUUUAACAGGGUUUUUAUAUUGACCGAAAUAAACAAGCUCAGAACGGAUGUUCGCAACCCAAUGGAUAUAGAAACGACCAUGUACAAGCCAAACACAUGUAAUGCACAUAUGUACAUGUUUUAGAUUGCAUUGUAUGCCGUGAUAUAUGGUGGUUUUGAAGCUACGUUAUCAACUGGACUUGUCUAUGCCAUCAGUACAAGAUUUAUGUAUAACUGCGUGUGUUAUUAACAAGAAGUACACAAGAGUGUACACAUCCUGGUUUGUUAGUGUACAUUUUGUGUAGAUUUUUUAAACAUCACGAGGGUUUCUCUCCUCAUGUGCGCAUCAACGUAUUGUACAUACAUUGGACAUUUAUUCGAAACAAGAAGUACUCAACAGGGUGCGGUUUGUUUGUUUUGUGUAUCUAUCUUUGUUAGUGUACGUUUCGUUUACAUGUGUAAACAUUAAAUAAAGGCGUCUGUCUUGUAUAGGAAGAAGGCGCAUUUGUAGGAUGAUUGAUGUCCCAAAUCAUUGGCAGUCCAAGAUCAAUUGUAAACACUAAAACAUAAAAACGUCAUCAUUUUAUGUCAAAUCCUUUCUUUUUUUUCUGUUUUGAUUUGAUCCUAUUCAAAGUCUUAAUACAGUGAAUUAACGACCGUUUGUAACAUUUUCCACUGUGCACUGCAGCAAGGACCUCACAAAGAUUUUAAUGUUUUUUUUUUUAUCGCUUUUUGACAUUGCUUAUGUGUCCGAAGCAUAUUCGUUUUGGUCUAACAUACUGUUGAUAUGUUCGUGAUGAUCUUACAUCGAUUCGACAUUUGCUCUUUAUAGGUCAUGGAAAUAUCCACUGUUCAGUGUGAUAUUUAUCCCGAAAGAUGUCAACAUGUCUCCUGGCAUUGCUUUAAUGAUAUCGCCCUUGUCGAAAGAUUGCCCAUAACGGUCUACCAUAUAAUAUGAGGGUUUCGAGUUCUAACUCUUUAAUCGAUGAGGGUAGAAAAAGUCCAACUGUAUCAUAUGACGUGUCGAAAAUGUUAUAGGCAACUAUUUUUGAUCACAUUCACUAUAAGAUAGGCGUCUGAAAAAAAUGUCAUAAAAAGUAAUUUAGAAGAGACGAAUGGUGGAGAAAACUGAGAAUCUGAACGUAUCUCUUUAAUGGAAAGAGGUGUCGUUUGUACCUCUGGAAAAGGGUGAGACAGGUGAUCGGUACAUUAACGUCAGUAAACGUGGUCUAGCAUUUUUCACUUGUCACAGUGGAACGGUUCUUACCUUUGACGACAAAAGAGUUCCAACUCGAAACCCCUCUACUGUGAUGACCUGUUAACAUCAUCAUUGUCCCUCCACAUAAAAAAAAAUAUAUAUAUAUAUUUCCUCGUGAUCUGUCUUCGGAAGAACUUCAACAACUUCCACGACGAACACAAGGAUAAAAGGUUAUAAUUUCGUUAGCUUUUCCCAGAACAAUCCACCUGUCCAUUAAAACGUUAAGGACCGAUUCCUAGGCCUAUUUCGACUUCCAUGAAACUAUGAAGUUUCAUUUAAACACAAAAAUUUUGGCUCCAUGACUUCUAAAACUGCUCCAAACUGCUAAAGGGUGUUGUUUACGGUAAAUUCGUCACAAUUUAAACACUAUUGGACCAUAAACUAUAUACAUAAACACUUAUGUUUUAAAUUUUACAUUCAAGUCCCAAAUGGCAUUGUGGAAUCCGAUUCCAGUUACCCUUUUACCUUGUCCAGUUGUACACGCUCUGUGCUUAAAUCUACCUGGUUAAUAAUCGGAUUAUUCUUUCCCUUGAUGAUAUAUCGUGGGUAAGUAUACUAUAAGUUGAACGUGUUCGUGGUAUAUGUGAAUGGCUUCUUCUAAUGUACAGGUAGUUAAAUGUUAUGUUAAGGUGUGCAUGUCUUGUUUUGUUGGUGAUAUACGUUAUUGAGUCGCACUAUAAUAUCUGAUUAUACAAAAUAUGUACAUUAGUCAUUUUUACCCUUUGCCUCCCAACCUAUCCAGUUUUAUCGACACUGAAAUAUUUCAGGGGGACAUUGAAGGAUUCGGCUCUUGAUGUUGAUCACUGAACAGAAAACACCGUCUAGUUCAAAACACACAAUUAAAAACAACAUUGUCUGCUUUAAACUUGAGUAUUACAACCUAUGUUUAUUAAACAUUUGCAGCAUUCAGACAUUAUGUUGACUUUCUCAACCGGCGUAGCAGGUUGUCGUAACAUGUCUUUUCCAAAACUAAUGGAGUACUUUUGUCGUGUGCAUUGGUGACACUGUCCAUGUUGGACUGGCCAUUGUUUUUAAAUAUACAACACAUACAACCCAAACAUGGCGUAUCAGUCACGUAAGGCGAAAUCAUGCUUUAGAGUCGAGGUUCCAGAUUAUCGGAUAGACUUGUGUUCACGUGUCAGUCACAUCGCUUUAAAUUAGAUUCACGUUGAGAGGCGGAAUUUCGCAUAAUAUGAACUAUAUCGCUCGAACAUGCUCUCUUGACAAAAGUAUAAAUGAACAAUGUAAGCUUUUGGGCUUAGGCUUAAAUAGUAUUCUUUUUCACGUGCAAUGAUCUCUCAGGUCAAAGAUGAUUUGACCAGUGUUCUUCUACAAUGCUUUAGUAAUACACUAAAAAAAACGUAAUCUGUUAAUUGUGACAAAAAGUAUGUUGUCGAAUGAUGCUACCAUGUAUUCUGAUAUUGCAACAGAUUAUUCUGUUAAAUAUAACAAACAUAUUCCAAGGGGACCUUGACGUCAUUUUAUUGACGUCAAUGUUCCUUUCCCAGCUCAUCAUGAUGACGUCACACAUUUAAGACAGUACGACGUGACAAAAGAAACUUUCAGUUAAACUUAACAGAUUAAUGCUUUGAGUAUACGGUACCAGUUUGCCGGCUAUGGCGAAGGCAGGGGUGAACAACAGACUCAGCAGCUUCUCUUAGUUUUAUUACUUUGGGCGAGGAGAGGUUAAACGCGAGAAAUAACGUUACGCUUACCUCUUAUGUCCACAUUUUCACAUCGUAUCCAAUUCUUGGUUUGCUCUAUAGUGUAUAUUUUAGCGGGGCAUCCUCUGUUCAUUGGCGAUGUAAUGGACGUGUUACAUAACGCUCACAGCGCGUAGGUUUGAAUAUUACCGCAUGUGUGUGCCACAUUUCUGCAUAGGUUUGAAUAUUACCACCUGUGUCUGCCACAUUUCUGCAUAGGUUUGAAUAUUACCGCAUGUGUCUGCCACAUUUCUGCAUAGGUUUGAACAUUACCGCCUGUGUCUGCCACAUUUCUGCAUAGGUUUGAACAUUACCGCCUGUGUCUGUCACACAUCUGACUAUAAAUCUGCUACACUCGUUAAAUAAUCGUUAAAUGAAUUCGAUGUUGCAAGUCGUUACAUACAGUAUGUAUGUAACGAUUUGCAACAUCGAAUUCAUUGUCUAUUUUUAUUAUUAUCGAAUUCAGUUUCUAUAUAUUGUACCUUUGUAUAACUCGACGUGGCUUGUAAUAUAUUUAAGAUUUUACUAUACGUUUCCCUUGUGUAUGUGUCUAACAGAUUUUCCAGAACUAUUUUCAUAUCUCUUCAGACUACUGUAUGUAUAAACGUAUUAUGUAUGUAUAAAUGAAAUAAAGUCGAGAAUAUUGUUCUACACGUACUUGUAUUUCUGUGCCGUUCAACUUUGUUUUUUUCCAAUCGCUACAUUUCGAAAUAUUUAGGCCUAUCGUAAAAUUCUGGGGGGCAAAAGUGCCAGAUGUAAUGUAAAAUUGCCAGCAAGUUAAUGUAGAAAAGUACAGUAAAUUACUUACACCUUUACUGCCAGUAUUUUACUGUAAUAAUUACUCUAAAUUACACAAGUCAAAACUAAAAGUGGUACCGCUAUCUGUCAACCAUGCCAGCCCAAAAUGCGAGGGCCCUGGGCCGCCUAGGGCCUGGAAGCUGUGGGAAGCCAGACGGCUGGAGAUGCCAGGAAGUCGCUUUAGGGGAUUUUAUUCUUCAC